AUGCUAUUUGCGAGCCGCCGGUCUCUUGUGCAUCUUCCCAUUUCGCGAGUAGCACCCACCAUAAUGGCAGCACAUCAUCAUUGGACACCAUCGGCGUACCCCUAUCCGUCUGCGCGUCGCUCGGAUGCGUCGACUGUGUACGCGAGUAAAGCGCACGGCCAUGUCGUUGUGCCGGAGCCAUACGAUUGGCUCGAGACGCCACCGUCGCAAAGCACAGAAACGGCCGCGUGGACCAAGGCCCAGUCGGAGUACACAGCGCGGUUUGUUGCGCAGUGCAAGGACAAGCCCGCGCUUCAGGAACGGCUCAAGCUGAACUGGGACUAUGCACGAACCAGUGCGCCGUCACUCAAGCCGGAUGGCCGGUACUACUACUCGUACAAUGCGGGACUUGCGCCACAGAGCCAGAUAUAUCGUGCGACGCGCGAGCAGGUGGAUACGGCGCAGAAGUCGCCUAGCAAGGAGCCCGUCGGCGAGUUAUUCUUUGAUACGAAUGUGCUCAGCUCGGACGGAACUGUCGCGCUCAAAUGGACGUCCUUCUCUCACAGCGGCAAGUACAUGGCGUACGGUAUCUCUCAGAGCGGAUCAGACUGGUUCAGAAUUUUCUUGCGCUCGACAGAGCAACCGAUGCUGUCGCGCAGCGAAGGCACCGAUGUGGGCGGAGACGGACACAUGCCGGAUGUGCUAGAUCACAUCAAAUUUUCGGGCAUCACAUGGACGCAUGAUGACCGUGGCUUUUUCUACCAGCGCUUCCCAGCAACAGAGCACGAGGACAAGGGCACGGAAACGGAUGCGAACCAGGACGCUCAGCUGUACUACCACCGCCUUGGCACACCGCAGGCUGAGGACAUCCUCGUGGUUGACAGCGACCCUGUCACGCGUAGCUCUAUGUGGCACUGCGACGUGACUGACGAUGGCCAAUGGCUGAUUCUAGCCAAUUCGAAGGACACGGACAACAAGAUGCGCUAUUACGCGGCUUCACUGGCCGAUGGCGUGUCUUCGCGGAUGGCAUGGAUCCCCAUCUCGAGCGACUUUGCAUUCAUGCUCGACUACAUCGCGAACGACAACACACGCUUUUACAUGCUUUCGAAUAAGGAUGCACCGAACUAUCGCAUUGUGUCGUUUGAGCUCGAUCCGACGAAGGCACGCGUCGUGGACCAUGUGUCGCAGCUGACGGGCGGUAUCAGCUGCUUUACUGACAUUGUGCCAGAGGAUCCGCAGGCUAUUCUCACCACAGCUGCCGUCCUUGACCACAACAAUCUGCUCGCGGUGUAUUCCCGCGACGUCAAGGACGAACUGUGGGUCUUUGACCUCACGACGGGAGACCGCAUCACGCGUCUCCUGCCCGAGCUCGUCGGCACUAUUGCUCAGCUCACGGGCCGUCGCGACCAUCGCGAGUCGUUUGUGUCGUCUGUGUCAUUCGCCAACCCUGGCCGUGUCGACCGCGUGUCGUGGGAAGGUCUUGAACGCACCGACCGCGCUGUGCCGCCCGCGUCAGUGACCGAAUAUGCGACGACGCAUGUGGCGGGUAUUGACGCCAACGACUAUAUCUCGACGCAGGUCUUCGUGACGAGCAAAGACGGCACACGCAUUCCCAUGUUCCUGACGCAUGCAAAGGACACGCCGCUCGAUGGCUCGGCACCGGCGCUGCUCUACUUCUACGGCGGCUUCAACAUCCCCAUCACACCCGUGUUCUCGCCAUCGAUGAUGACGUGGGUCGCAUCGUAUCGCGGUGUGCUCGCGUUUGUGAACGCCCGUGGUGGUGGUGAAUACGGCGACAAAUGGCACGAUGCCGGCCGUCUGUUCCACAAGCAAAACGUGUUUGACGACGUGCUUGCUGCUGCCAAGUGGCUCCACGAGUCCAAAUACGCACGCAAAGGGCACAUUACGAUUUGUGGCGGCAGUAAUGGCGGCAUGGGCGUCGGUGCCGUCGUGAAUCAGUGCACGGACGAGCAUGGUAUCGGAGCAGCGAUUGCGGAUGUCGGCGUGCAUGACAUGAUCAAGUUCCCGCUGUGGACGAUUGGCAAGGCAUGGACGGCUGACUAUGGCAACCCGCAGGAAGAUGGCGCGGCGUUUGACUACAACAUGACAUACUCGCCACUGCACACGGUGCGAGCCAACAAGACCUACCCGACCGUGAUCCUGGCAUGCGCUGAUCACGACGACCGCGUCGUGCCGGCGCAUUCAUUCAAGCUCGCAGCUGAGAUGCAACAUACGCUCGCCAACAAUGCGAAUCCGAUUCUCCUGCGUGUAGAUCUGCAGGCCGGCCAUGGUGAAGGUAAGAGCACACAGAAGCGCAUGGAAGAGGCCGCAGAGAAGUACGCGAUCGUCGCGCAUGUGCUCGGUCUGCCUCUGACGCCAUAG